UUCAAUGGGUAAAGGUUUAUCAUUAUUAGAGGCUAUUGAGCAAGUCUUGGCAAAUACGGAGGAAGAAAAACAUGCCGUUGAGACUAUAAAAUGGGGGCAGUCUAGUCUUUUCCGUAAAAUAGGAAAAC